GUGCCCAGAUCUGUUCGAGAAUACUGUGAGGCAGUUGUUUGCUUUGGCGCGUAGUAAAGAUGAACGACUGCGAGAGUUUGUGCUUCUCUUCGCACCAAGCCUUCUCUACAUAUAUCUUUCCUCUAUAAGCUUUGGAGAAAAGAAGGGCGUAGGAAGUGUUGAGGUAGCUCUCUUGGCUCUUUAUAAUAUGGAAGUCUUAGAUGAACAGGGACAACCUAGAAUUGCUCCUUUUCGCCUUCCAACCCUCGCACGACAGUCAGUCUUUCAUGAGCCUGCUAGCUUAGCUCCAGCUUCUUUCACUGUGGACUCCUUGCAAAGACUGGAGGCUGGAGAUGCGGAGACAGUACGAUGGGGACCCCCAACACAAAUGACGUCUGUCACUGCAGCAACAAGGCAUCACCUGGCCACUGCCAUAAUGGUUGCCUUUAAUGCUAGACUAGCAACAUUACCCAAGAUCGCACUGAUGCACCUUUGCAAAGCUGCCUCAAAAAUUGUCAGUCAGGGAUUUAACCGACCUGGUCAUCAUCACCGUUCGUCCUAUGGCAGUGAGAGUAGCUUUAGCCUCUACCCACGGCCAACUCCUAGAAUACCCGUCACUACAGAGUUAUUGGCAGAGCUUCUACAUGCAGUUUACUUUGCCAUACCGGCUGAGCGAAGUCUGCAUGACCUGCCCUCGCUCAUGUCCAUUAGCAUGCCACUUUCACACUUCCACUACUCAAGCCACAAUGCUGCCAAAGGAGGAGGAACACAGUGCCCAGCUAUGAUGCCGAAUUGUGCUGGACAGUGUUACCAUAGCCCUCAUGUCAAACUGCGCAGGUUCAAUGAAUUUGCAAGUUUAGGCAUACAAGCCCUGGAGGAUUUGCACAUGAGGGCACAAUAUGAACUGUUUGGUGAUGUUCUUCUGAUGACAAAUGCCAUCAAAAAUUCCCUCAAAGUGAAUCCUAGUGGCCAACCAAGUGAUGGACCAAUGGGUAUUAGUGUUGCUCUCACACCAUUGACUACAACAGCACCACUUUCAAAAUCUUUCAUCACAAAUGCAUCCUUCAGAACCAAAAAAUUGCCAGAUGAUAUUCCUAUCCAACACACAGAGGACGGGAAGCCUCUUACUUCAAUUUGUGAAGAAGGAGACCUUGAUGAUAAGAGCAAACCUAUUCGAACUCCUCAAGGAUCAGGGAGAGAAAAGGAUAUCAAAGAUAAAGAUGGUAGGGACAAAGAUAAGGAGAAGGAGAAAGAAGGCAAGGAGAAAAAAUUUGUUUCCACAAACAUUCCUAUUCCAAAUCUGGUUAAGAGAAGAGACAAAGAAAAGGCUAAAAAUGGAGAUAAGAAGGAGAGUGAGAAGCGAAGUGAAAAGAGAGAGAAACACAAGCAUGAUAAGGACAAAGACAAAGAUAAGGAGAACAGAAAUGGAACCAGCAGCAAUCGCAACAGUGCCAUAAUGAACAGUGACUCCGAUGGGGGGGGCACUGAUGUGACCAUCAUCACAAACCAGCAACAACAGUCACAGCAGCAGCAGUUUGAGAUGAAGGUGAUCAUCAAGUCCCCAAGGCACUAUGAGACCAGUAACAGUGCCGAGGACUAUACCCCACCCACCAGCGAAAACGAGGAAGGUAAGGUCGAGGAGGAUAUGUCUGACCAUGUUGGGCACCAAACCAGGAGUCCUCUUGAAACCAAUGGCAGCCAGAACCAUGUAGCCAAAGUGGUUUGAAGUUGCUGACUGCUGUUUUUGAGGUUUGCAGAAUUGGUGAAUGUUGUGGAUACAAAAGUUAUGAGAUGUUGCAUUUAUAGAUUUAUUAAUAAAUGGUUUUGAAGGUGUA